UAAUGAAUCCAUCCUUCAGUAUUUUUUAAUCCACAUAGAUUAUGAAUCAAGUUUUUUUUGAUAUUAUUUAUAAUAAUUUAGGACUCACCCAAAAGGCCAACGGGUAUUAUUUGAACAUCUUGCGAUGUGGCAUUAGAUUUUACUCUUUAUUCUAUCCUGUAUAAACUUUAUGGCCCCGAAAGGCCUGCUAAAGUGUGUGAUUAGUGAGCCCACCCCGCCUUCGCCGUGCCCUUCUUGGUCGAAUACCUUUCAUUAGAGCACGACCGGACGCGGCUAAUUUACCGCGAGAAAGAGAAAAAGAUGGAGAGGGGGACAGCGACGGAGGAGGUGCCGUCGUCGCCGUCGUGGCUGGUGGUGAGCAGCCCGAGGCGGACGCUGAGCCUGCUGAGGGAGCGGCGGGCGGCGGUGUCCGUCUUCGAUCCUGUAGAGAAGGCCCCGGGCUUCGCCGAGGAGCAUGGCCCCAAGCCCUCCGAGGUCUACGGCUUCGUCGGUUCCAUCACCACCGUCAUCGCCACCGUUAUCUUUUUGGUGUGGGCGUAUACCCCUGAACCCUGGUUGCGUUAUUUGGGGAUCACCUAUUAUCCCAGCAAGUAUUGGGCACUGGCAGUUCCAACUUUUUGUAUGGUAACGCUGGUUUUAAUGAUGGCUUUUUACCUCGGUUUAAACUUUAUGGUGACUCCACCUCCAACUUCCUUGAACACAAUGUUUGAUGAAUAUAGUAGAGAGCGCUCAACAUCCACAGUUUCAGGAGUGGAACAGCCAAUUGAGCCCAUUUCUGACAUUGGCAUAAAUCAGAUAAAUGAUAUCAUGUUUUAAUAAACUAAACCUUGCUUUAUUUUUUGCUACAAGGGAAGGAAAGUGCAGGAGAACUGUGAAGCGCCACUCAAAUUAAAAGAAAGUUGGGGCCAGCCAUAUCCAUGAAAAUAAUAUAUAGCUGUGAUUUAGAUCUAAUUAUCUUGGGCUCCAGUCCUUGCUUUCAUGCGGGGGAUUUUUACAUGAAGGUGCCAAUCUGAGAACACCAUCUGUCUUCAAUAGACUUGUCCACAUUGAAGUUCAGAUGCUAACUGCAACUUAUUGUCUGGCUUCAACUGUUUUUCGUUUGAUUUUAUUUACAGAUGAGCAUCUUAGGGAAGUCAUAGCAUCAGCUGCUCUUUGUAUGGUAAUUUGUCUCCAAGAGCAUCAAAACUAGCUACAAUUAAUGGUUGGAACUUUUCUGGAACCACGUUCAAUUCCUACCUCCUAAUUCAACUUUCCAAUA